AAAGUUGUAUUUUUUAUUUCUGUUCUAUUAAAUAAAUUUGCAGCUGAGGCGAUAAGAUGUCAUGAGUGUAACUCUCAUCUCGAAGAGGAUUGUACCAGUUUGAGUUUGAGUACCCCACAUGGUGGCCGGGAUAACACUUACCUUAGAGAGUGUACAUUGCAGGGUGCUGAAGAUGCUUUUUGCCGUAAAACUGUUACGACAAUCGAAGCAACAGGUGAGAAACGUGUUGUGCGCAGCUGCGGUUGGAUUAAGGACAAUCCAAACAUUGUUCAGGCCAAUAGCUGUUUCAAUGCCGACAACGAAGGAUAUUUACAAACUAUCUGUACCUGUGAUAAUGAUGGGUGUAAUGCUGCACCCAGUCUCUUCACUUUUAGUAAACAUAGUAUCUUUAUGGUAGCUUUAACGAGCCUGUCACUUUUGUUUGCAACUAUUCAACGACGAAGCGGUUGAGUUGUAGGUUCUAUUCUAAGGAUCUAUUUUUAAGACCAUAUAUAUUAAAUACUUUUAACAAUAACAAAUAAGAUUAUUAUUGAUAAUUCUUUAAAACGCAACAUUUU